AUGACCUCCGGCGCCCCCUCUGAGCCCACCACCACCGGCUACGCCCCCAACGAGUCACGACGGGCGGCCGCCCUGCCCACCCGCGUCGAGGAGCCCUUCGCGAGACAGUACGUGUGCCCAUCCCCAUCCCAAGUCCUCCCCCCCCCCCCCCCUCCACACGCGGGCAGCGCCCAAACGGGCAGCGACGGCGAGGGCAGCGACGGCGAGGGCAGCGACGGCGAGGCCACCUCGGCUGACCACUCUCCCGCAGGCAGCGACUACAGGACAGCAGAGACCCGUGGGCGUCGUCCCGCCCACCCCCGACUCUCAGGUAUGCGCAAACCUAUCCUGGAUCUGUGCCAUCAGCGGCGGAUGCUCAGCGAUUCAAAAGUUUUCCGCCUCCUCCAGGCCUGACAGGUACCAACCGCACCGGCGCCACCUACCCUCCUCCCUUCUCCACCACCCAAGCCCAGCGCUGGGCGCGAGAGGAAUGGUCCAGUCGUCCCGCCGCGCCCUACCCAGAGAUCCCUCUGCUCUCCGGCUGGGCCACCUCUCCCCUCUCCGCCCAAUUCCCCACCUCUCAGACGCCCAUGCCUCCGGGGAGUGACCGCAGUCCACGAUCCGGCAGCUACGCCUACCAAGGCGCCUGGUCAGGCCCGACGCUCCGUCGCAGCUCUUCGGAGGAAGCCAGGGUCAGUGGACUCGUCGGGGGUUACCUUGGGGGUGAUGGAGCGGCUGCCGCUAAUCUACAGACAAAGGCGUUCCCACAGCGACGCCCAUCCAACAGAGACGAAUUCGAUGGCCCCUCCCAGUUGCUCGACAAGCCCGAUGACGGCGGAUUCGAGCCCAAAGAAGAAGACCUCCCCCAGCUACCAAUCACCUUAUACGCCCAGGAGCAGGACGAGAUUCUGUCCAAAGUCAACGACAGACUGUCCCAGUGUGCUUUCGAUUUCGUCGCCAAAUAUCAAUUUCCUAUCCCCAUCGAGCCCGACAAGCGACCCGUCCGUGUCCCAGGCGACCGCGAGUGGUCCGAGUGGGUGUACCUGCUCAAGCGACUCGCAACGAAGAGACGAAUUCCGGCACGAGUGCUCUACAACGGGCAGAUUAAGCAGCUCAUCACCAUUUUGGAAAACAGCUUGGAAAUGCGGCACGCGGCCAAGCACCAGUCUCGGCCGCUGAAGGACGACAGGAAUAUCCUUCAGCUCAUCUCGUCCGGCCUACAGGUCGCCAAAAUCCUGAAAGACGCGCCGGCAAUGCAGUAUCUCGACAGUCUGUACAUUCAGACCGAGAGGUUGAUCCAGAGCCGACGAGCACCAGCUCCCUCUCCCUCGUACUCCUCGAUGUAA